ACCCAUUUCGUGGAACAACCCUUUAACAUUUGCAUUUUAGGCCCUGUUUAGAGAGAUUAAUGCCUCUUGUAAGACCCUAUGAUUAUAAUAGACGGUCGUAAGUUCACUAUCUGUUUGAUGUUCUCAUUCACACAGGAGAGAGACAUGACUAUUGUGGAUCCUCUGGGGAGCCUCAACAACAUCCUGAUGCUGACGAGUCAGAGAAGAGUCUCUCCAGAUCAGAACACCAGAUGGACAACGCUAGCCCUUCCGUCCUCCCGGAGUCCACGUGUCGUGCAUCUCCCGGUAGCACCUUACUGCUGGGUAUGAAGAGGUUGUCUGUGCUGCUGGUGGACUGCAGGAAAACAACGGGGCUGAGUGGAACUGUGAGAGGAGGAGAAGAGAAGAAAGGAUCAGAUUUGACUCAUCAAAGAAGAAAACCAAACAUGGAGGAACCAGAGACAUCCAAACCAGCAAGACGACACCUUUGCUCCCAGAUUGGAAAAAGUUUUACCAAGUUAGGAAGCCUGAAAAGACAUGAGAGGACACACACAGAACCGAAGCCCCAAAAUUGCGCCCAGUGUGGAAAGAGUUUUAGCCACUUCGGAAAUCUGAAAGCUCAUGAGCGAACACACACACGGGAGAGGCCUUUCCAUUGCUCCCAGUGUGGAAAGAGUUUUAAGCGGUUAGACACCCUUAAAACUCACGAGCAAAUACACACAGGGGAGAAGCCAUACCAUUGCGUCCAGUGUGGAAAGAGUUUUAGCCAGUCAGGAAGCCUGAAAGUUCAUGAGCGAAUACAUACAGGGGAGAAGUCAUACCUUUGCGCCCAGUGUGGAAAGAGUUUUAUCCAGUCAGGAAGCCUGAAGGAACACAUGAGACUGCACACAGGGGAGAAGCCUUACUACUGCUCACAUUGUGGAAAGCGUUUUAACCAUUUAGUUAGCAUGAAAAGACAUGAGAGGAUACACACAGGAGCGAAGCCACACCCUUGCUCCCAGUGUGGCAAAAGUUUUAAGCGGUUAGACACCCUCAAAGCUCAUGAACGAAUACACACAGGGGAGACACCAUACCAUUGCACCCAGUGUGGAAAUAGUUUUUGCCAGUCAGGAAGCCUGAAAGUUCAUGAGAGAAUACACACAGGGGAGAAGCCAUACCAAUGCUCCCAGUGUUCAAAGUGUUUUACCCAUUUAGGAAGCCUGAAGGAACACAUGAGACUGCACACAGAGGAGAAGCCUUAAAAAUGUUCAGACUGUGGGAAGACAUAUUACUCAUCACAGUCACUUAAACGUCAUGUGAGAAUCCACACAGGAGUGAUUAAUGAGUUCUCCUAGUGUGUAAACUCAUGUUUCACAUCACAUUGACCUAAAAUUCAUCAGAGAACAUACACAGUGCUCCCAUUGUCUUAUAUUGUUGACUGAUGUGUUUACUUGUUUAUACCAAAUGAAAUGAAAUGGUACAAAGUAUACUCAAACAUAUAUGUGUAUGUUUUUAUUAGAAAACAUGAAUUAAAUAUGGAGUCUAUCCGUUUGAACAUAGACUAGAUCAGAUAACAUGUUUAAAUGUUCCUUUUUUAAACUCUGACUAUAUGUUUAUCUGGGUGUGUCAUUCCUCCAGCACUACAGAUAAUACAGUGAUAUUUGGAUGUGAUGCAUUUGUUCCAUUGUUUACAUUUGCAUUGUUGGUCCACUGAUGAUUUAAUGAAAUUAAAAUGUUCAGACUCUGUAAUGGAAAAUGUUAAUUGUAUGUGUCAACAUAACUGAGUAUGUGACUAACCUUGUGAAACUGUCCUAUUAUAAUCUCCCGUUCUUGGAAGUAUCAUUCUGUGUUGCAAACCAGCUGCACCUGUGCCCUUGUAUGAAUAAAGUCCCUCCCAGGAACAGGAAACUAUAAAGAUAUGUGCUCAUCACCCAAUGCUUCAGGAAUUCAGACUGUCUACACUGCGCUGUGUACCUCUGUUAUUCUCUCUGAGCUCAGAAAUAAAGAAUCUUGGUUUGACUUGGACUCCACCCAACUGGCAACCUAAAUCCAAUGACAGGUGACAUAUUGUGUUGAUUUCAUGUUGAAAUCACUUUAGUUGACGACUCAAAGAAAUGUAAAUAGAAACUAGAUGUUGAACUGCCGUCUGUGCCCAGUGGGCUGGUUUGAAUAAGUGGCAGGUGUUGGAUCAAUAUCCACCUUAGUUGGUUACGGG